UUAGCUUAGCAGAUAGAGUACGAACUAAAUGAUGAACUCCUCCCUGCUGCUCUGAGGAUGAGAGGGUUCACAGACCCUGAAGAUGCCUGCAGGUGAGAACAAAGACCGGGCGAAGACCCGGGAACGAUUCAAUGAAGUCUUCAAGAAAUAUUCAGACUCAGACAAGAAGAAGUCGAAGAAGAAACGCCCUGAAGCUCAAGAGGAGAUCCUGCUGCAGACUCUGAAGAAGAGGCUGGACCUGGAGAAGCUCUCGGAGCAGCACGACGAGGAGGUCCAGCAGAACAUCUACGACCCGGAGCAGGAGAGCCGGUUCACCAAGAACCAGAUCAGAGAGGAGCUGAACAACAGCAGGAACCAGGAGACCUCCAGGGGGAAGAGGAGGAGCAGGAGGGAGCUGCCGGCUCCUCCUGCUCCUCCUCUUCCCCAGGAGGAGGAGGAGGGAGAAGCUGCUGAUCCACAGGAGAGAGGAGGAGACAAGGGAGCCAAGAGGAAGAGCAAGAAGGGGAAGGGGAGAGGAGACAAGGAGGCGAAGGAGGCAGAGGACAAACUGCUGCAGGAGUAUCAGCUGCAGAUCGCUCAGCAGGAGACGAAGACUCAGGAGGAAGAGGAGGAGAGGAGUGUGAAGACUAAGGAGGAAGAGGAGGAGAGGAGGAGUGUGAAGCCUAAGGAGGAAACACAAAACGUUUCUCUGAAUAACGACGUGGGGAAGAAGAAAAAGAAGAAGCUGAAGUCUGUCAUCACACAGGAAGCAGGAGAUGAAGAGCAGGAUGCAGAUGUGGAAAACGAAGAAGAGUCAAAGGAGAAGAAGAAAAAGAAGAAGAAGAAACACGUGAGUGAACAGGUGGAGGUGGAUGCAGACCUCCAGGCUCCUCCAGCUCAGGUGUUUGAUGACAGUCUGGUCCUCGGGGUGUUUGUCCAUCGGACCGACGGGCUGCAGAGCGACCUGCUGGUCUCUCACCCCAUGGUGAAAUUACACGUGGUGGCGGAGAGGAGGCGGGAACAGUACCUGAGGAAGGAGGACAGCCAUCGCCCUGUCUCCUCGUUCUACGAGCAGCAGAACGUGGAGCACGUCCUCCCGAUCAUCACGCAGCCCUUCGACUUCAAGAAGAACAAAUCCAUCAUCCCUGAGUGGAGGGAGCAGAUCAUCUUCAACGAGCGCUUCGGGUACUUCCUGCAGGAGAACCAGGAGGAGGCGCCGCGAGUCAUCCUGUUCUUCGAGAUCCUGGACUUCAUGACGAUGGAGGAAGCGAGAGCUAACGCUGCCGUGGACCCUGAGCGAGGGUUCAGGAAGAUAGCCUGGGCGUUCCUCAAGCUGGUGGGCACUAACGGCGUGCUGAACAUCAACAGUAAGCUCCGCCUCCAGCUGUUCUGCCCCCCCGCCCGGGCCAAGCGGACCCCCGGCAGCAUCGAGGUGUUCGAGUGGUGGAGCAAGUUCCCCCGAAACAAGUACAGCUCUACGCUGUACGUCACCGUGAAGGGCAUCGCUCUGCCCGAGCACGUGGACCCGUGCAUGCGCUCCAUGAUGGCUCUCCAGGAGGAGCGGGGCAGCACCUCCUUCUUUGAGCUGCAGAGCGAGGCCACCAGGAGCCUGAUGCAGCCCCCCCACACCCUGCCCCCCCCGCCGAGGUGGAGCAGGCUGCCUGGACAGGUGUGCAGGAUCCCCAACAGGCCUCUCCUCUCUCUGAGGGGGGGGCAGUACGGCUGCCUCACGCUGCAGUUCUCUCACAGCGGGACGAGGCUCGCUGCAGCCUGCGCCGACAGAGACUCUUUCCCUGUGAUCGUGUAUGAGAUCCCCUCUGGAAAGGCUCUGCUGGUCUUCAGCGGUCACCUGAAGAUAGUGUAUGAUCUCUGCUGGUCUUCAGACGACUGCAGUCUGCUGUCGGCCUCCUCUGACGGGACAGUACGAGAGUGGAGGCUGGAGGGUCAGCAGAGCCAGAAGGUGCUCCCCCACCCCUCCUUUGUGUACUGCGCUCAGUACCACCCUGCGGCCCCCGGCCUGGUGCUGACGGGGGGGUUCGACACCCUGCUGCGCCUCUGGAGGGUCGACGUGCCCGACGUGAAUGGGCAGCUGCUGCAGGAGGUCGAAGGUCACCGCAGCUUCAUCAACUCACUCUGCUUCGACCCCACAGGACGCAGGAUGUUCUCUGCUGAUAACUCAGGCCUGAUCCUGGUGUGGAAGACGACAGGAAGUGAAGGAAAGAAGAGUCUGCUGAGUCAGCGCUGGGUUGUGGAGAAGGAGAUCUCAGAGAGCGACCUGCUCAGCGUCCCCAUCAACAAACUGCAGCUGCAUCCCAACGGACGCUGCCUGCUGAUCCACGCCAGAGACAGCGUGCUCCGGAUGAUGGACCUGCGCAUCCUGGCGGUGAAGCGGUACAUCGGGGCCACGAACUACCGAGAGAGGCUCUGCAGCACCUUCACCCCCUGUGGGAGCUUCCUGUUCUCAGGCAGCGAGGACGGCAUGGCCUACGUCUGGAACACCGACACCGGAGACCAGCUGGCGGUGUACUCGGAGCUGAGUUUCUCCACCGCGCUGCACGGGGUCUGCUUUCACCCCCACGAAAACAUGGUGGCCUUCAGUGCCUUUGGACAGGAACAGCUGAUCCACCUCUACCUGCACGACCGCACAGUGUCCCAGCUGGAGGGCCAGAGUCUGAAGGCCAGCAGCAGGUCGUCCUCUGCAGACCCCCGGACCCCCAGGAUCCCCCCCACCCCCCCCCUGCAGGACUCCAUGGAUCAGCUGAUCCUCACCACCAGGCUGGCUCUGAAGAUGCAGAGCGUCAAGGAGCAGCUCGACUCUGUGCUGGAGCCUCCUCGGUCCUCUCUGUCCGGACACAACGAGCCAGAUAAAAUGAGCUUCAUUCACUCAGGGAGGAGCUUCACCCCUGACUCUGUCACAACGGGGUUAAACUCUUCGCUGCCCCCCCCCUCCUUCCUCUCUCCUCACGCCAAACUGCAGAUCUCUGGAUCUGUGGCCGAGACGCUGAUCCCUCAGGCCUCGCUCAGCACUCAGCAGCGAGGCUUCAGUCCAGUGGGUCAGCGUCUGAGAGGAGCCCCGUCCUCCAGGCUGCACACGAGCGUCUCGGACCGUGUCUCUGCAGGAGGACAUGUCUCUGCAGGAGGACAUGAGACAGAGUCAGCUGAUCAACAGGUGGUGGUGUCUCUGUACGACUACAGGGCGUCCCGCUCUGACGAGCUAACGCUGCGCCGCGGGGAUGAGGUCCAGGUCCUCUACAGGGACAACGAGAACUGGUGGUUCGGACGGCUGUCUGACGGACAGCAGGGAUACUUCCUGUCCUCAUACGUCUCCGACCAGAGAGACGAGGGGGCUCCGGCUGCUGAGGAGACUGAGAGGAAGACUCCCACCAGGGUGUCUGCUGCCAUCAGUUCCUCCGGAGAGCUCCGCUUCCUGUCAGAGACAAACGACCCAGAGACACAGGACACCAGAGUGAGGAGGAAGAAGAGGGUGAAGAAGGCGGGACUUCUUGCUUCAGACACUCCUCAGGAGACGAGCAGGAGGAGAGGAAGAUCAACAGACAGUCCUCUGGCUCACAGACACUCAGGACACAGCAACGCUGCCUUCACUCCUGACACGUAGACUACAGAGACAUACACUACAGACACGUAGACUACAGACACGUAAACUCCCGACACGUAGACUCCCGGCAC